CUUUCAUGAGCGAACAUGCAAGCGCGAGCAAGGCAGUUGGCUGGUCCGCUGGCGUGUUUUCCCUGAGCGAUGGGAUAUGCCACGUGGACACUCUCGUUGGCCGAGAAAUUGCCUUGCUUUCGGUAUUAGAGAAGAUUCCCCUUUCCCUCCCCGCAGUUCUCUCUCCACCGGCGAUUGCCAUCUCCGCCGCCUGCCGCUCCCCAGGUCCUCUUCCUCGCCGCCUCACUGCCGACCUGCCCAUCCAUGCUGCACCGCCUCCGGCUAGCCUCCCCGCGGCUGGCGGGGGUGCCGCAGCUGGGUGGCCCGGCACAGAUCUGCGCGCCGGAGGCCGGCCGCACCGUCGUCCUUGUCGGGGCGGAUCCGGCGGGCGUCGGGCGGUGGCGCAGGUUCGUCAGGAUGGCCUCGGGGCGCCACUGGGAGGAGCUCGCUCGGCAGCAUCAUCGUCCUCCCGCUCGGCGUCGAUACGACGGCGGCGUACCCGAGGUAGAGCUCCGGUGGUGAUGUGCGGAUCUGGCGGCGGGGCAGACCUCCGGCGGCGGCGUGGGUGGAGAGUGAGAGUGGAGUUUUUCUCGCCUCCCUUCGCCUUUGUUCUCGUUUUCUUUUCUUUCCUUUUGCACUCCACCGAAGAGGAACUAAACAUCUUCAUGGAGGAUUCCGUGGCUGUCAAGCGGCCGCAACGUGGGCGAUGUAACUGCUUCCACGGCAGCAACUAUGAGGAAGGUCAAGCUGGUGGCGCCUUGGAGAAUCUGAAGGGUUUUGUGCAGAACGCGAGUGUCGUUGAGCGGAACCUUCUCGCAGGCACGUCGAGGAUCGCAGAGAGGUGCGGCAAAAAAUGCAAGGCCAGGGCGGACUACCGCCGCAUGGUGGCCGAUGGACUACGGCCUCUCGGCUACCACGGCGUCGUCUGCCGUUAAGACCUUUUCGUACCCCGCAGCCAGCAAUUUGAUGAGCGAUUUGGUCAGCAACGCGGCACGGCACCACCGGCAUAACGAGGCCAAUCAGCAGGGGCUAUGCUCCAUCUGCUGUUUGUGAUUUGUUGUACAGUUUUGUGGCACUUGGCAGAUAGUGGGCGGCCAAUGGGUGGUGGCAGUAACAUUGUUGGUUAGUAAUCAUGCCCUCUGCUUAUAGGAGAUUUUGCUUUUGAGGUCUAUUUUCUCUAUCAAUGCUUCCUUAACUGCUGCAUCUAGGUUUUUUUUUUGGCACAGAUGGGAUAUUUUGUCAGUUUAAGCUUGAUUACAACGCAAGGAUCACAUUUAUGUGCAACUUUGCUAUUUAUAAACUCUGUUUUUUUCCUCAACCGUCAGUCAGCACCUGCACAAUGUGUUGACUAAACUUGCAUAGUGUAGACAAAUGCAAUUUUCGUAUAAAUGAAGUGCAACUGUCAGUUUAUGUUUUCUUUUAUUAAUUUAAUCAAUCUAGAUACAUUUUCUUAUGUUCUCUUGCAGAAUCAGACGUAAGCACAUUUUGUACAGAUCAUGGACUGCCAAUAUAGGCACAUUUUGCACGUCGUGUGGUCAUAAUUUGCUUAUCAACUUGUUCAAUUCUAGCUUGAAUAUUGUGCAACUUCACAUAUAAAUUUUUGCAACUCCGCUAACAGUUUUGCGCAACAGUUGAUAAGAAAAACAACUAACCCAUCCGUCUUUUACGUUAGGGAAAACAAGUGCUAUUUGAAUCUCAUGGCCCAAAUAGAACAUAAUGUACAUAAGUGCAUUAGGCCAUGUUUCGUUUUGACCAUAGGAAAUCCAAAAUUAGUGUAGGUUGCUGCUUGUGUGUUUCAUUGUUAUAAGUCUAUGGCACUGCAUGAAUAGGGUAAGUUACCGUUCUUAAUAAUGUGCAGCUUGAGCUAUAAUUUUGUGCAAUUUUAGCUGUAAUUUUCUGUAACUACUCAUGUACUUACAUAUGUUUGUUUUUUAGUUGCAUGUCUAUUCAAGCUUGUCACAAUGGACAGAAGCCACAUUUCUCCACAAAGGUUGUGUGUGGUUUUUGUGGGGAGGAAAGGGUUUUGGUUUUGGUGAUUUCAGUUUAUUUUUGAUUGCUUUAAGUGCAGACAUAUCAGUAACCUGGAGAUCAAGAUUGAAAUUACUGUCGGGUGUAAUCCAUGCCAUUUUUAUGUCACUAAACCUACAUAUUGCUGAACCAAAGUUACGACAAUUGAAAAUUGAGGUGUGGGACUCUUAUAUUUAUCAUCAGAGUACAUAUAUGUGUACAUUGGUUUUUCUGAUUGAGUACCAGUUAGACAUCUAUCCCUGUUCAUACUAUGAACAGAUUGGCUUGAAUCUAGCUAUGUUUUGGAAACCUCUAUUUGCAAUAUGUGUGUCCGUACAUUAUUACUAAUGCUUGAAUAUUAAGCUGAUAAAGUUCCUGACCAGAGCUUGCUGCGUUUCAAAGAGUCAGUUGUGAUUUUACGCUGUAGAAAGGAGGAUCGUGACCUUGUUCAAUCAGUUUUGGAAUCUGUAAAGAACGACUAUACAGACAGAGCAAAUGUAUAUCCUCCUAAAAUAGAGCCCGUUUAGUUCACAAAAUUCUUUUUCCAAAAGUAUCAUAUUAAAUCUUUGUACAUCUAAAUAGAGCGUUAUAAAAAAAACUAAUUAUAUAGUUAGAUGAGAUGAAUUUUUGAGACCACAGACGAACUAGCCUUUCAUCUGCUCUUACGGAAUAGAUCAGUUGUGCCCAGGCGGCGCGUCAAGGUGCGCCCUGGCCUUGGUUGGUGGGAUAUGUCUAGAUGGGAGAUGGUCGUCAGGUUUUUGAUGCGUUUGGUUCGUGGGUGAAACUGGAUAUG